ACUAUAUCUAGAUGCCUAAAAGACAUAUAAUUUACCCGUACCCCGCUCUCGUGCCCUGCUAGCAAGUAGCAACACAUAUAUAAAAUAUCUAUAGUAUCCUUUACUUGCUUCAGUGGCCUCAUUGUUUAAUAUUAAUUUGCAAUAAGUAAAACACUACACCAAAUCAGGAGAAACCAUUUCACGUCUCGUAUACAACUAACAGUAUGCGCUUCUUCGCUGUAGCAACUCUGCUCGUGGCCCUAGCCGCUGCGGCGCCGACUGAUGAAGUUGAAAGCCUCGAGAAGCGGGCUUGUACCAAGCGAGAUUGCAUAUCGCAGUGCUGCAAGCAAUAUGGCAACUGUAACUUUUUUACUUGCUCGGAAUCCUACUGCGGUGGGCUUACCCCUGUCUGUAAAUGUGUAUGCAGGAGGGUGUGAGAGAUUGGGUGCUAGACGGCCAGGUAGAGAUUAGAGGUGGAGGGAGAACAUGUUGCAUACUCUUUCGACGGCAGUAGUUCAUUAUCUAUUAUCCCGCAUAAAGAAAGAAGCGAUAUCUCUAAAUCUUGUGACCGUUGAGGACGGGGAAGAAUUAAAU